ACCCCAGGUUCCGUAAAGACGCAAAGCAGCGUAAGGUUUCUUCUCUGCUUGCUGGCCAACUUCUUCGGGUUAAUGCUAGCCAUGGUCUAUUCUGCUAAUUUGGUGUCCAUGCGCCUUACUUCGAGCAAUAAUAUUGCGCCUGAGUUCAAUUCACCUGAAGACUUGCUGGCACUUCAUAAUAACCUUAGAUUUGUCUAG